GUUGUAGAGACUAGACGCCAUGAAGCUCGCCCUCCUGCUCCUCGCGAGCACGCUCGACGGCGCCGCGGCCGCCGUCGCCGCGGACGAGGUCGACGGCCCGAGCCUGCCCGGCUACGGCCGCCCGCUGCCCGGCAGGCACUACAGCGGCUACGUGACGACGCCCUACCCCGGGCGGCCCGGCGUCGUCGUCCACACGCACUACUACCUCGCGCUCCACGCCGACGAGGACGCGCCGCUCGUGCAGUGGCAGCAGGGCGGCCCGGGCGGCAGCUCGCUCAUCGGCAUGUUGACCGAAAUGGGCCCGCUGACGCUCAACGACUACUCCUUCGCCGCGGGCGCCGGCGCGCCGCGCGUCUUCGACAACGCGCGCGGCUGGCAGAACGUGACCGGCGGCGCGUCGCUGCUCUUCCUCGAGCACCCGGCGCCGACGGGCUUCUCCUCCUGCGAGCCGCCGGGCGCCUGCGGCCACGACGACGACUCGCAGGCGGACCUCCACGUCGCCGUGCUCGAGGCCUUCUUCGGCGACCUCUUCCCGGAGCUGCGCGGCCGCCGCUACGUCAUGGCCGGCGAGUCGUACGCGGGCGUGCUCGUGCCGACCGUCGCGCUGAAACUCCUCGCCGCGCGGACGGCGGCGAACGCGGCGACGGCGCCCUACUCGCUCGAGGGCUUCGCGCUCGGCAACUCCUGCCCCGGGAACCGCGUCUACACGUGCACGCCCUACAGCGGCUGGGCGGGCACGCAGGUCUCGCUGGACUUCCUCCACGGCCACGGCAUGAUCCCGGACGCGGCGAAGCGGGCCAUCGACGCCGCGUGCGCGGAUUGGUUGUGCUUCUCGUCCUUCCUCAUGGACGCGGCCGACGUCUGGUCGACGACGCCGAACAUGACGUCGGGCUCGAGGUUGACGUCGAGGAACGACGCGAGCCGGUAGUACUCGUCGACGGGGUUUGCGACGAGAUCCUCGUAGAACAGAAUCAGGCUCGGGUGCGUCCGCCGGAGCAACUCGUCGUGCCAGUAGUAGCGGACCGACGUGACCGCGGCGACCUGCGGCACCGUUUUAGUGACGUAGUCCUCGGAGGCUUUCCCUUUCACAAGUCCUUUGUUUUUGUAAUGAGCCCAGCUGACGACAACGGCGCGCGGGUCCCGCAGGAUGAGCACGUAGCGCGUGUUGUCCGGGAGCGGCCCGAGGUACGCGGGCGGCACGCAGGCCUCGGACCAAAUCUUGAUGCCGUCAUCGACGCAACGUUUCAAGAACGCUUCAUAACUUGAUUUUAUGUCGACACCAACCUCCUUCGCCACACCUUUGGCGCCCGGCAUUGAAUGCUUACCAAUGGGUCCAAUCAAUUCAUCCCCAUAAUCUGCUCUCCGCGAGCUUUCUAUUUUGCCGCCGCCGGCCGUAACGAUGUCAUCGGUGAUUACUUCCAACCAAGUAGUGCCACUUUUCGGUUGUCCGUGGAGUUCCACGACAUAUCCUCCAGGAUUGUCUUUGUUUCCUUGCGCCGCGGUGCCGAGGGCGAGCGCCAGCAAGAGCACGCGGACGAUGACGUGCAUGGUUGAAUCUUUAUCGUGCCUGCGGGGGCAUCGACGCGGUUCCGCGGCGACGAUCGACGGACGAGGCGCGCGAAUCAGGGGGUGAAGACC